AUGGCAGAAAAACAAGGUUUUGUUGUUAGGCACAUGGAACCAGAGCUCCUCGUACCUGCAAAACCUACUCCCCAUGAAAUCAAACAAUUAUCAGACAUAGAUGACCAAAAAGGUUUAAGGAUGCAUUUCCACAUGAUCAUGUUCUAUAGGGCAAAUCCCCUGGUGAUAGGAAAGGACCCUGUGGGAGUCAUUAGAGAUGCAUUAGCUGAAGCCCUUGUAUGGUACUAUCCUCUUGCAGGUCGGCUUGUUGAAGGCCCUGAUGAGGAUAAGUUCAUGGUGGAUUGCAAUGGUGAAGGGAUUUUGUUCGUCGAAGCGGAUAUUAGCGACUCGGCUCUUCAAGUCACUGCCCAACAUCAACAAAACUCACAGUUCGACUUGAUUACCGCUUGCAUAUGGAGAGCUCGAACACGAGCCCUAGACUUAAACGGUGAUCAAACUACAAGCGUCGUGUGCACCAUUAACGUCCGUGACAAAGGUCCACCGGUACUGCGCGACGGGUAUUACGGCAACGCGGUGGUGUUUCCGGCGGCCGUGACGGAAGCCCGGAGGCUAUAUGAUAAUCCAUUGGACUAUGCCGUAAAGUUAAUAGAAGAAGCAAAGGGUAGAGCGAACGAGGAUUAUAUUAGGUCCAUGGUUAAUUUCAUGGCGUCGAAGGGACGGCCGCCGAUACUGAGAUCACGUGGUAGUUUCAUUGUCACUGAUUUGUCGAGAUUAGGGUUUAGUGAAGUGGAUUUUGGGUGGGGGAAGCCGGUGUAUGGAGGGAGCAUGGAGGGAGAAAGAUCGGCCACCAUCAUCGCUCAUGCUCGUUGCCGGAAUAGCGACGGAGAAGACGGCAUAGUGGUGCCGGUUUUCUUGCCACCGCCGGCAAUGAAGAGGUUUGAGGAGGAGAUGAACAAGUUGACAGCUCUUAUGCCUAGUGAAGUUAUAGAGAGACCAUCAAAAUCACUUCUUAAAUCUACUCUAUAA